AUGUCUCCGGUGAACAUGCCUCAAGCGGUUGAAGAUACAUCCGGUUCACAUGCGUUGUCCUCCGACAAGGGGCGUUUCAGAAGCUCAGUGCGUGUGUUAAUGCCGCUCGAGGGAUGUUUUGAAAUCAUGCAGCAGUGGCAAGUCGGUCCAGUGCCGGAGUACAUCUACUCCAACUCCACUCAUCAGCCAAGCGACAUCCAUGGCGCCCAGCAUCCCUACCAGCCGGCCCAGCAGUCGGACAUGCAGCACCGUGACCAGCGUCAGUUUCAGUACGGUGGCCCUCCUCAGCCAAGCCCGACGGGCCAGCAGCAACAUCAACAGCACCACUCGACGCCGGUACAGCCCAACAUGAAUGUCCCUCAGCAAGCACCGCAGCAGCAAGCCCCUCCGCAGCAAGGGUCGGCGCCAGCUGCGACACCAGCAUCCGGACGUCGUAAGCGGCCCGCCCCGUCAAAUGCCACCCCGACGGGUACAAGCGCUCCACCUGGCCCGCCCGCCCCUCCGGCCCCGGCUAUUGCUCCGACCAUUGCGUCUGCCGCACCCGCCACUCCUGCGCAGGCCCAGAGUCAAGCCCAGGCCCAGGCAGCUCCGACCGAAGAUGGCAAUUCUGCCACUCCUCAACCCCCUCCUGCCAAGAAGACUCGCACAAACACCCCGUGGACCCCCGCCGAAGAGCAGAGAUUGAAGCAGAUGCGUGAUGCAGGGAACAGUUGGGCCGAAAUUGCUAAAACAUUCCCUACUCGCACCGAGGGCAGUGUGAAGAAACAUUGGUAUAAAGACAUGCACUAUGCCGAGUUUGCGGAAGAUGAGAGCCAGGCCCUCCUAAAUGCCAUCAAGGAGUACGAAAACAACAAGUGGAAGGUGAUCGGCCAAAAGGUCGGCAAGCCCGCCAAAGCGUGCGAACAGUACGCCAAGGAGCACUUUCCCGGUAUGUUUGCCCAAGACGCCGGAGGCUAUUCUCUCGAAGUCAGUAACUAUGCCGGGGAUCUCUGGCAGAAAACCUCGGGCCGAUAA